CACGGCUCGUCGUGUCCGCUGUUGUUUGCUGCCGUCAAGCCGGCGUUUGCGCGGAGCCUUCGUGGUCAGCGCUACGGAUUUCGUCUCGUCUCUGGUUGCUUGCUUCUGGCUCACGUGCAGUGAAGUCGUGAUCGACAAAUGGCGUGAAGCAAAUGGAGAGCUCGCAAGAGGAGCAGUCACCUCCAGUCCAUAAAGCCGAGUACAACGCAGCCGCCUGGCCCGCUCCACCACCGAACGCCUGUCUCACGGGGUUUCCGUCUGAUAUAUCUACUUCCCAGAGAGCACGCCGCUCUGGACAAUUCCAAUACCUUCUCACUUCCACCCGUGCCUCAACGCUGUGACGUACUUUGGCGCCGCGCGCAUUCGACUGUUGUCCUGGGCCCCCUCCUUCUCUGAGCCCACCAGGCCAUGCUGUGCACCCCGAACUGAUACACAGAAUGGCCGUUGACGACUUUCUGUGCCGCGACACUGACACCUUCGUCCUGCCUUCCAAGGCCUUCUAUCCGCUCUCCAUACCCCUUUCACACUACCAACUGCGGCACUUCAUCAGCUCCCCGGAGCAGGACCUCAUCUACUACGCGAACGGCCAGGACGUCUACUGCCUCAACACCGUCACAAAGACACAAGCCCACAUAGCUACUCUGACCUUCGAUGCCAGGUGUACCGCUGCCGGAUAUGGCUGGGUCUGCGUGGGAGGCGCCGAAGAUGGUUGUUUUGCCGCCAUCAAGGUAGAAGCCUACCCCCCGCCAAACCCCGCCGACGUCGAUGCGCUUUUGCCCCUAGAUCUCCCCAAUCGCACCGCUCUACCGCCGCCGCCUACUUUACGCUCAGCGAGUUCUAUUCGGGUCGAAAGGAUUGGCUCGGAGAUUGUAAAUUCAAUCUCAAUACACAAGCUGCCCGGCGAAGGCGAAGAGGAGGAUGAGGUGGUAGCAGUUCUCACCAGCAACGACAAGACUGUGCGCAUCUACUCUUUGACGCAAAGUGUAGAGGUCGCGGAGUUGAAGCUGCCGUUUGCUAUGAACCACGCCACCAUAUCUCCCGAUGGACAAUUCCUGAUUGCUGUAGGGGACUACCAGCAGGUCUUCUUCUUCCAAAGAUCGCGACCGAGCAUAUUGAAAACACCCGAAGGCCGGUCCCAGCUACUGCCCGCACAAUGGUCAAACUUUGCCGAGGCGCAGUUGUAUGUGCCACCAGGCUCUGUCGUCGCAGGAUACUUCACCACAGCCUGGUCACCCUCAGGGGCGCUCUGCGCGGUAGGUUCUGAAUGUGGGUACAUCACAGUCUUCGACACUGAGUUACUAAACGAGUGCGAUUAUGCCGAGGAUGCCGUCGUGCAGAUUGUUAAAUCUUCGCGACCCGACUCCGUGGCUGGCCCGGGUGCCGUGCGGACCAUGCUCUUCUCCCCUCAACCUUGGGAUCUCCUCGUAUGGAGCGAGGACCAAGCGAGAGUGUGCGUCGCGGAUAUCCGCAGUGGACUUAGCGUUAAGCAGGUACUCGCCUUGGAUCCAAUGGAAGAUGAUUUGGAGAAAAUCGACAUCGCGGACUUCGACAUUGACAUGCAACCCGAAGUACAGCAGACCCAGUCGGAGCUACGGGAUAUCAGUGAGGAGGCGGAUUUCAUUCGUAGGUAUCGUCGCGCUUUGGACUCUGAAGGCAACUCGGCAGCAUCAAACUAUGCGACGGAUUACCUCGAGGCAGCAGCGGACCGGCGAAGGCUACAUCGCCAGCUUGGAGUGGUGGAAUCUGACAAUGAUCCUCACGGACUGACCCCGGACGAACGCCAGGUUCUGGAUGCGAUCAUGACGCGACAGAGGGACGAACCCCGCGAAAGAGGUGCAACACCACGCAGCAUCCGCUACCCGAAUACUAGUGAUCUAGGAUUAUUCAGGACGGCCUUCAACAAUUCGUCGUCCGAACGCAGCGAGAGAAAUGGUGCAGGCCAGAAUGCAUCGUCACAUGGCAGAGGGGACUUCACAGACUAUGUUCGUGUGCGUAGUCUGCUCCGAGAGCGAGCUCUAGACCCAGAACGGGCAUCGUACCAACCACGGCGACAAGCGUCUGUCGUUCUCUCCGGUGGCCGCUCCAGCGCUGCCAACAGCGGCAGCACUGAUAGCCUGACGGGCACACCAACAUCACGGUCGCCGAACCCAAUCCCACCACACGCAAGGCGCGCUGAUUCCUCGGAGUCCUCAUCCAGUGACCCGUGGCGAACGAUAGAGGCUGCCAUGGCGCGAAGCUCCUUGCCCGAAUCGCUGCCGCCCCGAGCACCAGUGGAUUCACCAGCAGCACUCACAAGUCAGGUGCACCGCAUACGCCAACUGCAAGCCGCUCGGGAUCGUAUAAGAAGCCUGCGAGAGCACCCAGGCAGUGACUACGAGAUCGCCAUGAUGCGACAAGGACCGCGACGGCAGACGGCUGGCGCGCACGACCCACGCAGCGACCCACACAACGGCGUGAGGACUGCAGGGCUCGCCAUGAGCCAGGAUGGACGCAAGCUGUAUGCAGGCACAGAAGACGGCAUCUUCGAAUUCAACAUCAACCUGCGGGAACGGAAGCUGUUCCCGGCUAUUGUGCCGCGAUAGGGGCUUCUUGCACGUAUAGGGACAGAUUGGAUGAGGAUGAGCGUAACAUUGGUGCCACCUGUACUUCUUCGUCUUUUAUUCCGCCGUCUCCAUUCUAGUUCUCGUUAUUACGAGGUUAUGAUUUAGCGGCCGGGCGUUUGGGCACAACUAUCACGGGGAGCAAGCAGGCACGCAUUUUUUGUUGAUGGAUGGUUUUGACUCUCAAUACCCUUGGCUCUAGGUAGCAAAAUUCCAUGUGGGGGUUUCUUCGGCCCAUUGAGGUACUCGUGUGGUGAUGCAUUCAGUAUUAAUGAGGCGUCUUGAAAAUGCCUCGCUGUCCGCAUAGACAUUCGAGUGUCUUGGGUUGUUACUUUUUCUGACUGCAUGUAAAAAAUGCGAAUGCCAGUCUCGGACGGCUCAUCUAGGUCGCAAGUGAGAUACAACACUGGAAGUACAGCGGUCUGGAAGGAGAGAGGGCUUUGAAAUUGGCGUUGUGUGUUUUCUCGUCGUAG